AGGAGGAAUGCGCAUUCGCACCCAAAAUCCAUAAAACCCCUCCCUCUCACCGCCAAUUUUUCAGAAAUGGCUGCCGCUUUCGUAUUUGAGCCCCCAAGUGACGAAGAAUAUUCCGACGCCGAAGAACAACAACCGCAGGAGGAGGAGGAAGAAGAUGAACACGAAGAAGACGAAGAAGCCCUGAAACCCUCGCGAGCUUCUCGCCACUCUGAGUCCCCGUGGGACUUCGCUUCCUACUCCGAAACAGUCGCCCAAGAACAUGCUCGCCGGAGCACCACCUCCGUCGAUUUCAAGAUCUCCAAAGCCCUGCAGCAACGAUCAGUCCCCGGUGCCGUUGCCCACGACGAUGAUGGUAGCUCCGAAUCCCAAUCCGAAUCCGAACCCGAAUCCGACAAACAGGAAGAUUAUAAGCCGGAAGAUGAUGAAGUAGUUGAUGAUGCCACUAAUGCCGGUGUUGGUAAAAAGCCAUUUUUCUCCCCAUCAGAUGGAACCUCCUUUCAUGCAAACUCGUUCAUGGAGCUCCAUUUGUCUCGCCCUUUGCUUCGGGCGUGUGAGAAACUGGGUUAUACCAAGCCCACUCCUAUUCAGGCGGCGUGCAUACCAUUAGCUCUGAGUGGGCGGGAUAUAUGUGGGAGUGCCAUUACUGGUUCUGGCAAGACUGCUGCUUUUGCGUUACCUACUCUAGAAAGACUAUUGUUUCGUCCAAAGCGGGUGCCCGCUAUUAGGGUCCUCGUUCUCACCCCAGCCAGAGAACUGGCGGUUCAGGUUCAUAGUAUGAUUCAGAAACUUGCCCAGUUUACUGAUAUCAGAUGCUGCCUGGUUGUUGGAGGGCUUUCAUUAAAGGCACAAGAGGCAGACUUGAGAACAAUGCCAGACAUUGUUGUGGCUACUCCAGGACGCAUAAUCGAUCAUUUACGCAAUUCAAUGUCUGUGGAUUUGGAUGAUCUUGCUGUUCUAAUUCUUGACGAGGCAGAUCGCCUUUUGGAGGUUGGAUUUAGUGCUGAGAUUCGUGAGCUGAUUCGUGUAUGCCCCAAAAGGAGACAAACCAUGCUAUUUUCAGCUACAAUGACUGAAGAAGUUGACGAGCUUGUCAAGCUUUCUCUAACCAAACCAUUACGCCUCUCGGCUGACCCAUCUGCGAAACGGCCAGUCACACUAACAGAAGAAGUGGUUAGGAUACGACGGAUGCGUGAAGUAAAUCAGGAAGCAGUUCUACUUGCAUUAUGUUCAAAGACAUUCACAGCCAGAGUGAUCAUAUUCAGUGGCACAAAACAGGCUGCACAUAGGUUGAAGAUUUUGUUUGGGUUAGCUGGGCUUAAAGCUGCUGAGCUUCAUGGCAACCUUACACAAGUCCAGCGUCUAGAUGCUUUGGAACUUUUCAGGAAGCAGGGAGUUGACUAUUUGAUUGCAACUGAUGUGGCUGCUCGUGGACUUGACAUCAUUGGUGUUCAAACAGUUAUAAAUUAUGCAUGUCCUCGUGACCUUACAAGCUAUGUUCAUAGAGUGGGUCGUACAGCAAGAGCAGGCAGAGAAGGAUAUGCCGUUACUUUCGUGACAGAUAAUGACCGAUCUCUUUUAAAAGCCAUUGCAAAAAGAGCUGGUUCAAAGUUGAGGAGUCGAAUUGUUGCAGAGCAAUCAAUUACUAAGUGGUGUCAGAUUAUUGAGGAAAUGGAAGAUCAAGUGGCCACAAUUCUUCAAGAAGAGAGGGAAGAACAAGCACUAAGAAAAGCUGAAAUGGAAGCAUCGAAGGCUGAGAAUAUGAUUGUGCACAAAGAUGAAAUUUAUUCACGCCCCAAAAGAACCUGGUUUGUAACAGAAAAGGAAAAAAGGAUGGUAGUGAAUGCAGAUAAGGCAUCCAAUGAAAGUGAAAAGCACCUUGGAAAAGAGGUAAUCAGUGCCCAACAAGCUGAAGAUUUAAAACUGAAAGAAAAGAGGAAGCGGGAGCGUGAGAAAAAUUUGCCUCGAAAGAAGCGACGGAAAUUGGAAGCAGCUAGGGAAAUGUUAGAGGAGGAAAAUCAAAAUGAAAAGUUUGAUGGUAGUGGAAAAAAGGAGAAGACCGGAACGCCACUUGUUGACCUGGCUUACCGACGGGCAAAAGCCGUGAAGGCUGCAAAGAAGGCAACAGAUGCUGGCAAAAUUGUGAGGAAGACUAGUAAGAAAUCUAGUCGUCCCCCCCAAAAAACUCAGUCAAGGACAGAGGAGAUGCAGGACCUGUUCCAGAGUGACAUGAGUCAAAGGAGGCAGAACAAAAAAAGUAGUGGAGUCGGAAAUAAGAAGUCCAAGAAUUCUUUUAAGAGCAAGUCGAGGUACAAGAGGAGAUAGCUUCAUCAAGCUGGGAAUCAAAAUUCCCCAUAAUGUGUUGGACAUGCAGUGAAAGGGUUGAUUGGUUUCUUCAAGUGUUACGAGGGAACAUCUGAGCGAGAGCACUACGUAACUGGUAAUAGCAUGGUAGGAGGAAAGGAAGAGCGGACUUUUUGCCUUUCAUAUGCUCAAGGGGAUUUAGACUUGUCUAACUUGGCUCCCUGUAUUUUAGACGUGAAUUUUACUUGUUACUUAACAGUUUUCUCAAACUUAACAAUUAUGACGAACAUUGAUGAUCAAGUUUUGAUGAAAUUCAUUUGAUCUUUGGGUGUAGUCUAGUCACCAUUGUCAA